AUGCCGUCCAAUUCAGACCUCUCUCCUCCGGGGAGCAGCACCUAUGCCUCGGAUACUUUGCAUGUCGGUGACGGAACAUGGGACUCGGGGCGUGACACAUUCCUUCUUCCCAACCUAAUGGGGGUGAACUUUGAUACAAUGCGAUACAAUGGAAUGGGAAACCGAUUCCGCGAUAUGCCCCAGUACCAUACAAUUAUCAUUGCCCACGGCGUCAUCGCAACAAUCGUGUUCCUAGGCCUUGUUCCGAUAUCCAUCCUAAUUAUCCGAUACUAUUCCCGAUGGAGUCCAUUCUGGGCUUUCAAACUGCAUGUCUGGUGUCAAGUCUUGACUUUAUUACUCACCACCGUCGUAUUCGUCCUCGGCUGGUUUGCCGUCGGUCCUGAACGGAAACUGACAAAUCCCCAUCAUGGAAUUGGCCUUGCGAUCUACGUCAUGGUCGUCUUCCAGGUGUUCUGGGGCUGGAUGCUUCAUAAAGUCGAGAGUAAACGACAACGAUAUCAUGUUCCAUUCAAGCUAGUCGUGCUCUUCAUCUUGUACUCGCUCGCGGCUUUCGCACUUCUUGUAGCCUUCUUUGUGUUGUCAUACAUGUACGAUACACAAGGUUACCACAUGGGCAGCGAUUACGAUAGCCGGCAUAGCUACGUCUCGGGACCUCCUGGUCCGGAUAAUCGUCGUCAUAGCAGCUUCGGCCGCAUGGCUGCAGCGGGCGCUGCAGGAGCGGGUCUCGCAGCACUGUGGAAACGUCGCUCGCAGGAUAAGAGACGCGAUGAUGAGGAAUAUGAUGAAUCCCAUGAUUCCUACACGGAGAAGUAUUCUGACGAGGAAUCCCGCCACGGUGGCUGGGGCAGCAAGCUGCUCAAAAUCGCCGGUAUUGGUGGUGGUGCACUCCUAGCCAAAAAGCUCUUUGACCGAAGACGUAACCGGGACAACGACACGGAGUCCGGGCGAUACAGCCGUGCUCAUACUCGAAGUGACAGCAUGACCGAAGCAACAAUGAGCCGUAUGGAAGAUGGGCGACGACCAGAGCCAAGUUACCACGCCCCUCUCAAUCGACCGCCAAGCAGACCGCAAAGUCCGGGUUCCUCUUAUUACUACAAUACCACCUAUUUGACGGACCACGAUCAAGGAAAGUCCCAUGGCGUUCGAAACGCAUUUCUGGGCGCGGGUGCUUUGGCCGCUAUCAAAGGAUUCUUCUCGCGCCGCAAGGGAGACGAUGACGAUCGUCGGUUGGAGGAGAUCCGUCGACAGGAAAUGGAGGACGAGAGACUUCAGCGGGCAAACAGCAAGCGCCGCUAUACUGGUGAUGGCUAUUACCCCCGACAGAGGAGAUCCGCGUCGUAUACCGAUAUGUCCUCGACUGAUAUGACUCGACCACCGCGAGGGCCUUCUCAUGGAGAGUCCGCUCUCACCGGAGAUCCUGUCGCGUCAGGUGCCGUCAAUGCUCCACACUCCAGUAUUCCGCCCGUUCCGCCGGCACAUCACGAUGGAUUUUCAGACAUGCCAGGACCAGACCCCUCUCGCCUUGAUGCCUCUGAUUUCACUGCCGGAAUGGCCGCCGGAGCCGCGGCAGGAGCCGCGGGUCCCUCGCAUCAUCGACGUCGGAGCAGCAGCAGACACCGCGACGACCACGUGGAAUCUCCCCCUGUAUCCGUGAAAGUCAAAAUGCACGACGACGGGCGGCACAUCACAUUGAGGAGACUGACCGAGGAAGAAGCCGCUGCGAGCCGCGAGGCCAAACGCCGUGAACGAAGACACUCCCGUCGCCGCGCUGGAAGCGCAAGUUCUCUUUCAGGCAAUGAAGGGAGCUACGACCGAUGGCGCCGGGUCGAAGAGCUCGAACGCCAACAGCACGAGCAGAUUGAGCGCGAAAAGGCUGCGGCGGCGGCCACAGCUGCAGCCUCUGCUGCUCCUACUGGCAGCAUGCCGCCUCCAUCGUUUGUCUCGCCUCCGAAUAUGAGCCACAUGGCUCCUCCGCCGCCACCGCAUGUGCCAUCCAGCUUGCCCUACGGAGCCGGCAGCAUCACCUCCCCCGGAACGUUCACCGGAACCGAAGCCAGUGGAGAUUAUGCCAGCAACCGGCGACGCAGACGAGCAGAGCGGGCUCGAGCACGAGAGAGACAGCAGCAUAGCGUGGAGUUUACCUAA